CCGGCGCGACAGGCCGUGGGGCCUGUGACCGGCGGACCCUCGGGAGGUUGGAAACGGGCGGGGAUCCAGGAGGAGGAGGGCCUGGCCGAUGGCGGUGGGACUUUUAAACCGGGGGUUUAAGGCCUGAGGCCGAGGCCUCGCACUCUCCUCGUCUCCCGGCGCCGCCAUGAGCGCGGCGGUCUUCUUCGGCUGCGCCUUCAUCGCGUUCGGGCCGGCGUUCGCGCUGCUGCUGUUCACCGUGGCCGGUGACCCGCUGCGGGUGAUCAUCCUGGUCGCCGGCUCGUUCUUCUGGCUGGUAUCGCUGCUCCUCUCCUCGCUGCUGUGGUUUGUGGCAGUACAGCUCAGCAACAGGGAGAACGCCGGGCUUCAGCACGGCCUGCUGAUGAUGGGAGCCGGGAUCUCCGUCCUGCUCCAAGAGGCCUUCCGGUUCGCCUACUACAAGCUGCUCAAGAAAGCUGACCAGGGCCUCGAGGCGAUAAGCGAAGACGGGAGGUCGCCCAUCUCCAUCGGGCAGAUGGCGUAUGUUUCGGGUCUAGCCUUCGGUGUUGCCAGUGGUGCCUUCUCUGUCAUCAACGUACUGUCGGACUCGCUGGGGCCAGGCACGGUGGGCAUUCACGGAGACUCUCCCUACUUUUUCCUUACCUCAGCUUUCGUCACCUCCGCUGUGGUUCUCUUGCACAUGUCCUGGGGGGUCGUGUUCUUUGACGCCUGCGAGAAGAGGAGGUGGCUGCUGCUGGCCGUGGUCGUUGUCUCUCACGUGCUGACGUCUGGCCUGACAUUCUUGAAUCCUCGGUAUGAGUGGAGCCUCCCUCUGAUCUACGCCAUCACGAUCGCCACAGGAGGAUGGGCCUUUUUGACGGCAGGGGGAUCGGUGCGGAAUAUCUGGCGCUGUGUUACAUGCAAGCAGGAGUCUGACCCCCACAUUCUGGUCUAUUCCGCUCUCCAGCCCCCAGCGGAGGAUUGAGGGCAGUCCGAGCACUCGGCAGCGUCCCCUCCGCUCUAACCCCAUCCCCCUGCCUUCCCCUGGGCACUGGCUGGCCAGAUGAGCACAGGACUCGGACAGCAGUCAGUUGUUGCACGUGUCAGAUGGGGUGCUCAUUGUGAAGCAGACAGCGGGACAGGCCCCAGCAGCAAUUACCUCACGUUAACCGACUUGGUGCGUCCACUGGAGGAAGAAAUUGGACGUCUUGCGGAACAAAGUUGACUACUGAACGCAUUAUGGAACUUUUUGAUUUUUUCUGUCUCGAAAACUCCCAUUAUGGUGCAAUACUCCAUUAGCACGGGGGUGCGCAUGUGCAAUCUUUGUUUUUGUCAUCUUUUAUUAUUUCCUAAUCUCUCUAACCGAAAGGCAAGGGGCUGGACUCUAGCACAUGAGCUCCUCUCCUGCUUUUGUGCUUUCCCAUAGGACUUCGAUAUCAUUCCAGUUAAACCUGUCAGGACUUUGACUGAUCAAACAAGAGGGAAGGUUCUCUCUAUCCUGUGUGUAACUUAAUUAAGUGGAUCUCUCCAACUCUCGUCAUUUCGAGCGAAACUGCUGCAGAAAGUGUAUGUUUGUAGGUAGCUAAUCACUGGGUUUGAAAAUUAAAACGCAAGGUGCGUUUGCCAUUCUUCUGUUUUGGGGGUGAGGUGUGACAGGAGGGCCGUUUUCCAAGUCAUCCCCUAUUUCUUCCCCGUACUGUGCUGAGGUCCAUAAAAAGCGUUGGUCUCACUAUACAGGGAAACGCCGGCCACUGUUAACCCUCAUGUGCGGAGUUAAAAAAACCGUCAUCUCCAAGUGCUUCUCUCUCUACUGCUCAAGGCCUGAACCUCCUGACAAUGUGCAGAGUUUUGUUUCUCCUCUCCUCACCUCAGUGUCUAGCCCUGAGCUGUGUUUAAAAGCAGGCCAGGGAGGUUAAAAAGCAAUGAGAAUAGCAUUUUGCGCCCCCCCC